AGCUCUGUAACCUGACUGAACGCUGACAGCCUGGACUUCUCUCAGCGCCCGCAGACGGACGACACAGCGCCGAUCUUAAGAGCAGAAGAGCGACAAAGCAGUGUGUGUGCGUGUGUGUGUGUCGUCCUUUGGUGAUUGGCUGAACCGUGACCGCUCUGCCCACAGCGUGCCGCUCACGGAGCUGCGCGCACAUAUAUUGAGUGCAGAGAGUUGAGGCAGUCCAGUUUUCCAACCCGCCGGUACCCCCGAGGGCACACGCGGACGAGGAAGUCUCGGAACAGCUUCAGUAUCACUUAAUGAAAGCAGAGUCCAUGGCUGCUCCCUCACACAGCAGCUGCCUGUGGGUGAUGGUCCUGGGCGCUUGUGUGUCCCUCGUGGUCGGAGCAGACUGCGGGAAGGAGUGUGCGCUUUGCGUGUACCGUCUGCUGGGACAACAGUCAGGUUUCUCGUCCCUGACAUGCUCUCCAGAGUGUGACGGUGGGUUGGAUAGCCAAAAGCUGCGCAUGUGCCAAGACAUACUGUUGGAAGAGGAAAGCCGCCUUCCGGUGGAUACUGAUCCCCAUGAACAGCAGCUGCAGGAAGCAGUAGGUACCCUGAGCACCGAUGAUGAGUUUGCAAGAUCACUGGAACACCAAAUGGCCAAGAAGUAUGGUGGCUUCAUGAAACGCUAUGGUGGUUUCAUGUCUCGCCGUUCAUCCUCUACAGAGGGGCCACUAGGGGAUGCCAGAAACCAGAAUGAUGAAGAAAACAUUCGCCUGGAGAUCCUAAAGAUCCUCAAUGCAGCAACUGAGAGUGACAGUGACGGGGGUGGUCAGGGAGGUGAGACAGUGAAGAGGUAUGGAGGUUUCAUGCGUCGGGCUGAAGGGGGGGUUGCAAAGGGUGACCUGCUCGAGGCAGUGUUAGGCCGAGGGCUCAAGAAGCGCUACGGAGGGUUCAUGAGGCGUGUGGGUAGGCCUGAGUGGCUGGUGGACAGCAAGGAUGGAGGACAGAUGAAACGGGCUUCGGAGAACGGCGGUGAGCUGCAGAAGAGGUAUGGUGGGUUCAUGGACUAGGACACGACAGCUAUGACACCUCAGUCCCUCCAUCCAUCCAGCCGUCAUUUAUCAACUAUUGUCUGAACUUUUUGGUGAUUGUGUCAGCUGCCUGCCCACCUAUAUUAAAUUAUAUUGCAUCUUCUUGUGUAUAAUGUGCUGAUCUUUGGUUUAAUUGGUCCUAUGAUGAUUAAAAGAAAAAAAAUAUAAACAUGUACCAUUCAGAUGUAUACAAAU